CUUAUCAGCGAGGCGCCUGCUUAGGUCCUCCGUAACCUCUACUUCUCUGAUAGAGAUUUAGGCCUGUGGCAGCUCCCUGGCUAGUGACUGCAUUUGAGCGACAGUUGACAGAGCUGUCACCUAGUGGGUAGCCAGUGGGAAAUGAAGACCGACGACCAAGCAGUAGCUUCCAGCACCACGUACCUCAAAGGGAGAAACUUGAGGGAUGGAAAUCAGGGAGUCUGGUGGCCUACAUAAAGAUGAAGUUCAAGGUCAGGGUCUGAUGUUUUGGGGCCACAUUUAAUGAAUCAAUGAGUGGGCCUGGUCUAUUCUUUCAGCAUUAACAAAGCUAGAAUUAAGCCUUCCUUUUCUGAGACCAGCACAAUGUCAGCUUCCCACAGACCUAUGGCCUGUUUUCUACCCACUGACCCUAACUUGCUGGGGCACUCAAGGGACAUGUCAGGGUCCCCUCUAUGUUCAGCCAGCCAAGCUAGUGAACAGAUUCCCCAGGACUCCUUGACUCUGCACCCCUGCCCAGAGCAAGAUUAGCCUCCCAGAGCAAUCCUAGGGCAUAUCCAGCCAACCACCUGAGCAUGGAGUCAGAGGGACAGACUCUACAAACACAUGCACGUGCAAAUACAGAUGGCUCUUCCUGGUGGGGGUGUAGACACGCCCUUGAGUUACCCAGGUAGUGAGAGGAGCUGCCUGCAGAGUGGCUCCCUCUCAGGUGUGUGAAGUCCACUUGGGCACGUCCUUCUCCGAGCCCUGCCAGGCUGUCUUGGUCCUGGAGGCUGGCCAGGUAGGAUGAGGGUGCAAUCCGCCCACCCCACCCCCAGGAAGAACCGACGGCCAGCAAAGCCCUUCCAAUUAGAUAUUGUCAGUAAAGGGAUUUCAGCUGAGGCUGGGGCCAAAUCCUCCCUUUCUCCCCAUGCUGUGGGUAGGGAGGGGGCUGUGUCCUCUACUGGCUGAUGAGGCUGGAGCCUCUGAGGUGGGGGUGGGGCAGUUAUUCUUGGACGUGCUAGGGUAGGGUUUCAGAUUUGUUUAUCCUUGUGGGAGGCACCUUGGGGCCCAGGGAGGGGGCACCCAGCUCAGCACGGACAUUCAGAUCACCUGGCCUGGAGGGGUCUUUCGAUUUCAUUGGCUUGCUGUGUAUACAUUGGGAGGCACAAAUGUGUUUCUUCCAGGAAAUUUUGGGGAAAGGUACCAGUGGUCCUCAGCAAGCCCAGGCCGGUGCACAUACCAGUUCAUACUGAAGUACCCUUCACACCAACUGGCCAGGGGAUUGUGCAGGCCAGUUCAGUACUAUUAAUAUCUAGUGCAUGAGCGCUGACUGGGUGAUCCUCUUAUGCGUGUGGCCUGAGCCUCUGAGACUAGUGUUGAGUGUGUUUCCUUAGUGCAAUAAGGCUCCUGGGGCCUCCUCGCUGCUGUGCCCCACCCCUGGAUAUAGCAAGCUACUUGGGCCAGCUAGGGGUCCAACCCCACCUAGCUCUUCUGCUGUGCUGCCCAUAGGAGUGACUCCCCCCAUGGAGGGCCAGUUCAGGUCCUUGGAGACAACUGUAGCUCUGAGAGGUAGUGAUACCGUAACUGCUAGAACCUAGACUCCACACGCCUGGGACAUCCCACUCUGAACCCUCUGUGCCUACCUAUGUCCUUGGCCAUGAGCAGCCCCCCAGCUUACCCUGGCAUCAGGAUCUCAGGGUGCUGGGCUCUUGGAGCAGAAAGCAGCAAUACAGGGUCCUUGGACAGACUUCUCCCACCAGUGGCUACUGCGCGGUCACCCCGGAAGCGCACCACCAGCCAGUGCAAAUCAGAGCCACCCCUGCUCCGCACAAGCAAACGUACCAUCUACACAGCCGGGCGGCCACCGUGGUACAAUGAACACGGCACCCAGUCCAAGGAGGCCUUUGCCAUUGGCCUGGGAGGCGGCAGUGCAUCCGGGAAGACCACUGUGGCCAGGAUGAUCAUCGAGGCACUCGAUGUGCCCUGGGUGGUCCUUCUGUCCAUGGACUCCUUCUAUAAAGUUCUGACACAGCAGCAGCAGGAACAGGCUGCCUGCAACAAUUUCAACUUUGACCACCCUGAUGCCUUCGACUUUGAUCUCAUCAUUUCUACCCUCAAGAAACUAAAGCAGGGCAGGAGCGUACAAGUACCCAUCUACGAUUUCACCACUCACAGCCGGAAAAAGGACUGGAAAACACUAUAUGGUGCAAAUGUCAUCAUCUUUGAGGGUAUCAUGGCCUUUGCUGACAAGACACUGCUGGAGCUCCUGGACAUGAAGAUCUUCGUAGACACAGACUCUGAUAUCCGACUGGUCCGACGGCUACGCAGGGACAUCAGUGAGCGAGGCCGGGACAUCGAAGGCGUCAUUAAGCAGUACAACAAGUUCGUCAAGCCUGCUUUUGAUCAGUACAUCCAGCCUACGAUGCGCCUGGCAGAUAUCGUGGUGCCCAGAGGGAGUGGGAACACAGUAGCCAUUGAUCUGAUUGUGCAGCAUGUUCACAGCCAGUUGGAAGAGAGGAAGCUGCGUUGGGAUAUGGCCGCGUUGGCCUCUGCUCAUCAGUGCCAUCCCCUUCCCCAGACACUCAGUGUCCUCAAGAGUACACCCCAGGUGCGAGGCAUGCACACCAUCAUCAGGGACAAGGAGACUAGCCGGGAUGAAUUCAUUUUCUACUCCAAAAGAUUGAUGCGGCUGCUUAUUGAACAUGCACUGUCCUUCCUACCCUUCCAGGACUGCACUGUACAGACCCCGCAGGGGCAGGACUACUUGGGCAAGUGCUACGCUGGAAAGCAGAUCACCGGAGUGUCCAUUCUACGUGCAGGAGAAACCAUGGAGCCUGCGCUGCGUGCCGUGUGCAAGGAUGUGCGCAUAGGCACUAUCCUCAUCCAGACCAAUCAGCUCACAGGGGAGCCUGAGCUCCAUUACCUGAGACUUCCCAAGGAUAUUAGUGAUGACCACGUGAUCCUGAUGGACUGCACAGUAUCUACAGGUGCCGCAGCCAUGAUGGCUGUACGUGUCCUCUUGGACCAUGAUGUGCCCGAGGACAAGAUCUUCUUGCUAUCCUUGCUCAUGGCAGAGAUGGGUGUGCACUCUGUGGCUUACGCAUUCCCACGUGUGAGAAUCAUCACCACAGCCGUGGACAAGCGUGUCAAUGACCUUUUCCGUAUUAUUCCAGGCAUUGGGAAUUUUGGUGAUCGAUACUUUGGGACAGAUGCAGUCCCUGAUGGCAGCGAUGAGGAGGAGGCAGCCGCCUCUAUGGUUGAAGCUUCUUCAUUCAUUGCCUGAUGGUGAUAAGGGACGCAGUAGGACCCACUGAUGAACCACACAGCUCAGCGCUCAGCUGACCUGGAUCCAGAGACAGACACCCAGGGCUUUGAGUGUUAUGGGAGGCAGCCUCUGUGACCACUUCUUUCAGGCACAUUUGUACUACCAAGGGACCCAUCAGAAGUUGGCUUGUGGCAGCUGUGGCGAGGACUGAGCAGCUCCAAGAUGGCCAGAGCCUCAGGUUCUCAGAACCAGAGUCUCAUUCGUGUCCAGCUACACCUGCUGCUAGUGGACUCUAGAGGUUAAGCCAGGCUUCUCUGGCAACUGCCAGGCACCUGCCUUCUGCCAUGUUGAUUCUGUCCCAAUGAGGUGACCAACAUAUGGACAGCUACUGGAUAUGAGCUAUGGGUCUCAGAGCCUUUUCAAGCCUGGUGUGGGCCUUUUUCCUGCUUGUCAUUAGAUCGAGAAAGGAAGCUGUUGGGUGGAAGGCAGCCCACAAAAGUGGGGAGAUGAGUGGUUUGUUGCUGUUAAUUUU